UUCUUGCUAAUAGCGCUAAGUUCAGCUCAUUUGGAUCACUUGCCGUACACAACCUAUUUAUCUUUAUGCCACGGGCUAUUGGCUUAGGUGGAGUUCAUCUUUAAAGGGGCGUCCCUAGAUCCAUCCAACACGCCUCGCUACCUCGGUAGAAGAAAACACACAGAAUCCGAUCCUUUUCUUCACAUCUCUGUUUUUGUGGCUUUCGAUCUAUUAACACCAACCAUUCACAAUCAUCUAGUCCAGCCAACUUAUUUCUGCAAACAGUAUCCAGGUGGUUAAAUGACCUAAGGAUUGGAAAAUGGAUUUGGACAUAAAGGACUUGAGUAACCGAACUUUCAUUAAAGAGGAAAAUGGCACUUUUGCAACUACAAGAUCAGAUUUUCCCGUUUGGGACGACUACAACAGCAGCGUUGAUGACAUUCGAUACUUUCUUAUUGGUUUGUAUACAUUUGUAAGUCUACUUGGAUUUAUGGGAAAUCUACUUAUUCUUUUGGCUAUUUUCCGAAAACGCAAACAAAAGACUAUAAUAAACUAUCUGAUUGGAAACUUGGCUUUCUCAGAUAUUUUAGUGGUACUCUUCUGUUCCCCUUUCACACUUACUUGUGUCUUGCUGGACCAAUGGAUUUUUGGGGAAGUCAUGUGUCAUGUUGUGCCUUUCCUCCAAUGCGUGUCUGUUCUAAUAUCAACCUUAAUGCUCAUGUCUAUUGCUUUGGUUAGAUAUCAUAUGAUCAAAAAUCCAUUGUCCUCGAACUUAACUGCAAACCAUGGAUACUUUUUAAUCGCAACUGUCUGGACUCUUGGAUUUACAAUAUGUUCUCCGUUGCCUGUUUUUCAUAAAAUUAUAAAUCUGAGGGAGGCAUUCAAUUUAGAAUCAUUGAUCAACAGUUAUUUGUGCAUAGAGUCGUGGCCAUCUGAUUCAUAUAGAAUUGCCUUCACUAUUUCUUUGUUACUUGUCCAAUACGUAUUGCCUUUGUCUUGCUUAACCAUAAGUCAUACAAGCGUUUGCAGAAGUAUAGGUUCAAGGCUGCCAAACAGAGGUACUAAAAUUGAAGAAAAUGAAAUGAUAAAUUUAACCCUUCAGCAGCCUAGAAACAAUCAGUCUGAAGCAGUCUCCAGCAGUCAGAGGUGGAGUUAUUCUUUUGUCCGAAAGAACAGAAGAAGAUACAGUAAAAAAUCAGCUUGUGUUGUCCCAGCAUCUAGACGGCAUCAAGAGAGUAAUACUGGGGACCUCCCAGAAACCUCAACGACGGAAAGGAGCCACACAAUUCCAUCUAGUGUGUACUUGCCAGGAGUGCCCAUUUGCUUUGAAAUGAAACCAGAGGAAAACUCUGAAUUGCACAACAUGAUUUCUGUGUCUAAAUCCAUAUCUCGAAUAAAAAAGAGAUCUAGAAGAGUUUUCUGCAGGCUAACAAUAUUGAUAUUAGCUUUUGCUGUCAGUUGGAUGCCACUUCACCUCUUUCACCUUGUAACUGAUUUUAAUGCCAAUCUAAUUUCCAAUCGACAUUUUAAAUUAGUCUACUGCAUCUGUCACUUGCUUGGCAUGGUGUCAUGUUGUCUAAAUCCCAUACUCUAUGGAUUUUUAAAUGAUGGUAUAAAGGCUGAUUUGAUGUCAUUCCUGCAGUGCUUCCAAAUAUCUUAACUAUUUAUACACAAUUUAAAACUCUUUACCUACUAAAAAUGGAAACUACAAAAAACUUUGCUUAUAGAUCCUAUUAAAAAAUACAUAGAUUAGGGUAUGUGUUUAACUCUGUUACUCUUUGUUCUUUUAUAAUCCUUUGUAUUUAUGUUAUUGCCUUUGGAAAUAUGAGGCACAAAAACAGAGACUGGUUUAUAAUCUGUAAUAAAAAUACAGAUGA